CAACCAUGUUAGUAUCAUUCCUCAAUAUUUUAUUCUUUAUUUUGUGUUUCCUGUCUCUGGGAACGAGAUUUGGGUCAGCAGAUUGUGGUUGCAGUGCUGCAAAUCGGGAGAAGGCAGCUGAAAAGUAUUCCGAGAGAGCCAACACUCCAGAAGCAUACCAGUCAGAUGAUGUGGAGAAGAUUCAGGAGAAAAUUAUCAGGAUGACCCCUCGGGAAGUCAAUGAUGUUGAGAAUGACGUGGAAAUCUCAAUGUCAUUGAUCCCUGGAGGAGAGUACAUUGUUGGGACGAAUAAACCCGUUUUCGAAGCUGAUGCUGAAGCCCCAGAGAGGACGGUUAAAGUGGAUAACUUCUACUUGGAUAAAUAUGAAGUUUCCAAUGCAAAGUUUAAGGAAUUCGUGGAUGCCACAGGGUACAUCACGGAAGCAGAAAAGUUUGGCGAUAGCUUUGUCUUUGAAGGGUUCUUGAAGGAUAGUGUAAAAGAGGAAAACAAGGACUUCCGGGUUGUACGAGCUGAAUGGUGGUACAAGAUUAAGGGUGCCAGCUGGCAGCAUCCAGAGGGGGCAGAUAGUGACUUAACUGGACGUGAAAACCACCCAGUUAUCCAUGUUUCCUGGAGAGAUGCUGUGGCUUACUGCAAGUGGCGUCAGAAGAGAUUACCCACAGAGGCGGAAUGGGAGGUAGCUUGUCGUGGAGGAAAGAAACAGCGACUAUUUCCAUGGGGAGAUAAGGAGACACCUCAGAGUAAGCACUGGAUGAAUAUUUGGCAAGGAGAAUUCCCAGAUGAUAAUAAGAAGGAGGAUGGAUUCUUUGGAACCUGUCCAGUGGAUGAGUAUCACCAGAACUCGUACAAUCUCUAUAACAUCGUUGGGAAUGUUUGGGAGUGGACAGAUGAUUUGUGGGAUAAGAAAGAUGAGGAGAGGAAGACAGAGAAUCCAAAUAGGGUGAAGAAGGGUGGCUCAUACCUCUGCCACAAAUCCUAUUGCUAUCGAUAUCGCUGUGCUGCUCGAUCACAGAAUACCGAAGACAGCUCAGCUGGGAAUCUGGGAUUCCGUUGUGCUAAAGAUGCCACAAAAGAGUGAUUCUGAUUAUAUACACCAGACAUGCAUUGUUAUUGCGCAAAGUACUUAAAUUGGGAUGAUUAUUAUAAGAUUUUUUGUACAUUAUCUCAAUUUAUACCAUUUUAUUCCGAAUACAUUUUUAAUAUUGAAA